AUGCCUCCAAAGAAAGCGUCCAAGGAUAAUACUUCGAGAACCUCCAAGCCUUCUAAGAAGCCCCAGUCAAGUGACCCAUUUGCUUCUGACGAUGAGGUUGAGGAAGCGCCCGCAAGACAAAUUGAUGACAAAGAGGAAGAUGAGCCCGCGGCUGAAAAGACAAUCCCCAAAGAGCUCCUGACGCGCCUCCUGCAUGAGUUCUUCACGAAAGACGCGACGAGGAUAUCGCGAGACGCGAACGCUGCCGUGGGGAAGUAUGUGGAUGUCUUUGUGAGAGAGGCAAUUGCCAGAACAGCUGUGGAGAAGCAAAGCGGGUUCCUGGAGGCAAGUCACUGCUCUCGUCAUCUUUAUCUGCUAUUUUCGUAUAGAGUCGAGGAUUUGGAGAAGGCGACUCCUCAGCUGCUUUUGGAUCUGUGA